CUUUGGCUGUAGGGGAGGAAACAACUGUCUCAUAUCAUCAGGAAACCGGCAUGGCCCCUCCCCACUGAGGGGCUGGUACUGGGCUAGGCCAGCAGUGUUCAGUUUCCAUUCUGUGAGUGGUGCAGGGGGAGAGAGGCCGGGGAUACACAGAGGAUCAGCACAGGCAGGUGUGGUAAGUAAAGAUGGCAGAAGCUCACCAGGCCGUAGCAUUCCAGUUUACAGUAACUCCUGAUGGAAUCGAUUUAAGGUUAAGCCAUGAAGCUCUACGACAGAUCUAUCUCUCCGGCCUCCACUCCUGGAAGAAGAAGUUCAUCAGGUUUAAGAACGGGAUCCUUACAGGUGUUUUUCCAUCAAGCCCCUCAAGUUGGUUAAUUGUAGUCGUUGGUGUAACAUCAGCAUCCAUGUAUACCAAAGUGGAUCCGUCAUUUGGAAUAAUUGAGAAAAUCAACAAUGCACUCAGUGCCACCGGAUACAUGACACCCCAGACCCAGAACAUUGUAAGUGGAGUGCUUUUUGGCACUGGUCUGUGGGUGUCACUCAUUGCAACCAUGCGCUACUCUCUGAAAAAGCUUCUGUCUUACCAUGGAUGGAUGUUUGAAGAACAUGGCAAACUCUCUGCUUCUACAAGGAUUUGGAUGGGAAUGGUAAAGCUUCUCUCUGGACGGAAGCCAAUGCUAUACAGUUUCCAGACAAGUCUUCCCCGCCUCCCAGUGCCACCUGUUAAGGAUACUGUUAAAAGGUAUCUGGACUCUGUUAAGCCUCUCAUGGACAAGGAAAAGUUUGAGCGAAUGGAGGGUCUCGCCAAAGAUUUUGCCAAUAACCUGGGACCAAGGCUCCAGUGGUACUUGAAGCUGAAAUCUUGGUGGGCUACCAACUAUGUUAGUGACUGGUGGGAAGAAUAUAUCUACCUCAGGGGCCGUGGGCCAAUUAUGGUGAACAGUAACUAUUAUGCUAUGGAUUUUCUAUAUGUGCUGCCAACUCAUAUACAAGCAGCCCGAGCUGGCAACGCCAUUCAUGCCAUUCUGCUCUACCGGAGAAAACUGGACAGGGAGGAGAUUAAACCGAUUCAGCUGAUGGGAUCCACUGUUCCACUAUGUUCGGCUCAGUGGGAAAGAAUGUAUAAUACUUCCCGAAUUCCCGGUGAAGAGACAGACACAAUUCAGCAUGUUAAGGACAGCAAACACAUUGUUGUCUACCACAAGGGGCGCUAUUUCAAAGUGUGGCUGUACCACGAUGGAAGGUUACUGAAGCCAAGGGAGAUUGAACAUCAAAUGCAAAAAAUUAUAGAUGACACGUCCAGCCCACAGCCUGGGGAGGAGAAACUGGCAGCUCUAACUGCCGGAGACAGAGUGCCCUGGGCUAAAGCUCGCAAGGCUUACUUUGCAAAUGGGAAGAACAAGCAGUCGAUGGAUGCCGUUGAGAAAGCCGCUUUCUUUGUCACCUUGGACGAAACAGAGCAGGGAUACAAUAAAGAGGAUCCCGUCAAUUCCCUAGACAGCUAUGCCAAAUCUCUCCUCCAUGGGAAAUGCUAUGACAGGUGGUUUGACAAAACAAUGAGUUUUGUUGUGUUCAAGAAUGGAAAGAUGGGCAUGAACGUUGAGCAUUCCUGGGCCGAUGCCCCAAUCGUUGGGCACCUCUGGGAGUAUGUCAUGGCCACGGAUAAAAUGGAACUGGGGUACAAUGAAGACGGGCAUUGUAAAGGAGACGUGAAUGGAAACAUCCCUCCUCCCAGCAGACUGCAGUGGGAUAUCCCAGAAGAGUGCCAAAACGUUGUUGAAGAGUCCCUGACAGUUGCCAAAGCCCUCGCAGACGACGUGGAUUUCCACUCGUUCCCUUUCGAUUCUUUCGGCAAAGGACUGAUCAAGAAAAGUAGAACAAGCCCCGAUGCCUUUGUGCAAUUAUCUCUCCAGCUGGCCCAUUACAGAGACAAAGAAAAGUUCUGUUUGACCUAUGAAGCCUCUAUGACCAGGCUGUUCAGAGAAGGCAGAACAGAGACCGUCCGCUCCUGCACCAUUGAAUCCUGCGACUUUGUUUUGGCGAUGUCAGACCCCUCACAAACAAAUGAAAAAAGACUUCAGUUAUUCAAGGAGGCAGCAGAGAAGCAUCAGCAAAUGUACCGUCUGGCCAUGACAGGCUCUGGCAUUGAUCGCCAUCUCUUCUGUCUUUAUGUGGUGUCCAAAUACCUAGGGGUAGAUUCCCCUUUCCUUAAGGAGGUUUUGUCUGAACCUUGGAGACUCUCAACAAGUCAGACCCCCCAGCAGCAGGUGCACCUUUUCCAGCUGGAGAAAUUCCCAGAGAAUGUAUCAAGUGGAGGUGGAUUUGGACCUGUUGCUGAUGACGGCUAUGGAGUGUCCUAUAUCAUUGUUGGGGAAAACCUCAUCAACUUCCACAUAUCAAGCAAAUUCUCCAGCCCUGAGACCGAUUCUCACCGCUUUGGGAAACAUAUCAAGCAAGCAAUGAUCGAUAUCCUCGCUCUGUUCAACAUCAGCACGAACAACUCCAAUAAAGGAAAGAAAUAAGGCAAAGUUGGUCGGAACAUCAUCGAAACCUAGUUCAUAGUACCACAAUGCAUUAGGCUUCAAUACACACACACAGACACACAGCCAUUCCUUGCUAUAGGAACUACAGGAACCGCCACUAUACCCUCUGAUUUCCAGAAGCCUCAGCCAAAUUCAAAAUGUAGGUCUGCGGGGGUGAAGGUACACUUUGUGUAAAACAUAUUGCUGCUGAAAUGUCAUCCACAUGUUACAAGGGCUUCCGAAGUGUUAGAGACAUAUACAGAUCCUGUAUAAACUUGCCUGCCCUCAUCUUUUUGGGGGACACGUGGGCAUUAUUCUCAUCAGUAAAUAAGCAACCAUUCUUUUUUUUUGCUCCAAUAACCUUAAAUAGGUUUGGGUCCAGGACUUCUGCUCCAUUGACAUACGCAUGGGCGCAUUGUGGAUGAUUGUAUCCAGAUCUCUCGCUUUCCUCUAACAUUGUGCUGGCACUGAAUUAUAUGCAGAGAGCAUAUACUUUUUAUAUUCCCACUGCCUGGAGAGAAUAAAGCCUUAGACAAUAGUGUAACAUAUGAUCUGUGUGCCUCCAACUGACUUUCCCAGGAGGCCCGCGUUUAGAAGUACUUGAAUUACAUAUAAGACUUAAUGUAUUUAGUGUGCAUUCAUAAACAGGAUUAUAUGGUG